AGUGGAACUUGAUUGUCACCAAGUCAAUGGCAACGAGGACCAAGCAGAUUGCACUAGAUGAAAUCCAGGGAACCUUCCGAGAGCAGUAUAAGAGGAUAUAUGACUAUGCACAUGAGGUGAUGCGGGCAAAUCCAGGGUCCUCCGUUCGCAUACAGGUGCAGAGGUUUCCUGAACAAGAUAAUGCAGCAGAAUCCUCAUCCAUGACCAGCUACUGUAUCUUUCAGAGAAUCUAUAUAUGCUUGGAAGCAUGCAAGCAGAACUUCAGCCAUUGUAGGAGCUUCAUUGGUUUGGACGGCUGUUUUUUGAAGACACCCCAGGGGGGACAAUUGCUCACUGCCAUUGGUUGGGAUCCAAACGACCAAAUGCUGCUCCUUGCAUAUGCGGUUGUAGAGGUCGAGACGAAGGACUCAUGGACUUGGUUCCUACAUCAUCUUGCAUCUGACAUUGGUAUUGAGAAAAUGGGAAGAACUACUUUCAUGUCUGACCAGCAGAAAGGUUUGUUGCCAGCAUAUGAUGAAGUUAUACCAGGUGUGGAGAAUCGAUUCUGUGUGAGGCACCUGUACAGCAAUUUCAGAAAAAAGUUCCCAGGGUUACAAUUGAAGCAACUAAUGUGGAGGUGUGCUAAGGCAACCCACUGGAGGGACUGGGAGAGGAACAUGGCUGAACUGAAAGCUGUUAAUCAGGAAGCAUAUAGGUACCUAAAUGCUAUCCCUCCUAGGUAUUGGUCUAGAUCUAGGUUUACCUAUAAUUCUAAAGUAGAUACACUGGUAAACAAUAUGUCUGAAAGCUUUAAUGCUGCCAUAGUUGAUGCUAGAGAGAAACCUAUACUUACAAUGUUAGAGGAGAUCAGGGUUAAACUAAUGACUAGGUGGGCAGAGAAUAGGGAUCUGGCUCAGAACUAUGCAGGGACAAUCUUACCUAGGAUUAGAAUCAAGUUGGAGAGGAGCUCUAAAUCUGCUGGAGAAUAGCGGCCAUAUUGGUCUGCAGCUCAAAAAUAUGAGGUUGUGAGUGGGUUAGAUAAGUUUGCUGUUGACUUAGGAUCCUUUGAGUGCUCAUGUAGAAGGUGGCAGUUGAGUGGUAUACCCUAUGUCCAUGCGAUUAGCUGCAUCAAGUUCAAGGGAUUUGGCUUGGAACCUUAUGUGGCCGACUGCUACAAGAGAGAAACAUACCUGAAGUGCUACGAAGCAGUAAUACACCCAUUGAACGGACCCGAUCUAUGGGAGAUUACCCCACAUCCUGAUGUGAUGCCUCCCCCAUACAGAAGGACUAGUCACAGGCCAGUAAAAAAAAAGGAAACAAUCUGCUGGAGAUGAAGAACAGAGCAGCCGCACUCACAUGUCCAGGAAGGGGGAGAAACAAAGGUGCUCUAUAUGUGGUGUUGUUGGACAUAAUAAGAGCCGAUGCCCUAAACCUAUUGAGAAUGAGGCCCAAAAUUCCAAGAAUCUAAGCAAAGGCAAGCAAUCCAGGGGAAGCAACAAGUCAAACCGUCUUGCUGUUAAGGGAGGAAAGAAAACUGCAUCUACACAGCCCACUCCUAAGCUCACUGUCAAGAGAAAAGUUGCCUUAGCAACACAGCCACCAACUUCAGCCCAGUCCAACACUAUAACACAGCCAAAAAGGCCUAGAGGCAGGCCCAAGGAGACCAUCAAGCCCACAUCUUCAGCCUAACAUGAUCCACCAUCCAAGAGGAUUUCAAGCCCAAAAACCUCAGCACCUUCUGCAUCCUCAUCACAGCCAACCACCACAACUCUUCCAGCAUCUCAGCCAUCCAUUGCCACAGCUUCAAGCCAACCCACUGGGCACAUCUCUGUCAGCCUUACUGGAGGACCUCAUGUUUCUCCCAGGAAACUGAAGUUAAUGGCAAAGUUGCCUCCAAAAAAAUGGGGAUUGCUUUAGGGAAAUGACAACACUUAGCAUCAAUGUGUCAUAGUUAUAUACCAUGGAUGUUGGUUUAUUUUGUUUUAAGUUUGUGUUAAGGUUUUGGUUAAACAGUGUGAACUUGUUGGUUACUUUUUGUUGCUUAUGUUCUGCUUGUUAAGGUUCUGGUCAAACUCUUGUACUGAAUUAUUGGCUUCUUCCCAGCCAAUCCUUUUGAUGGUUACUUUAUUUUGAGUUAAGUUUC